AGCAACAACUUGAGACUUGAACAAGUACAGGAGACCGGCGAGUUUGUGUCUCGUCACUCGUGUUUGGUUCACGCACUAGUUUUACGAUAUUGUAAAUCAGAAAGCAUGUCACUUGAGCCACUUUCAAAGAAAUUAUGCAAAGGCGACCAUGUUGAAAAUAACGAAUUUACGUCUUUUAAGAAUCUUAAUGUAGUACGCAUUUUACAAGACAAGCCGGAGAGCAAAGCAGCGUUUAUUCAUGGACGGUUUGAGGGUAGAGACGAAGAUGCCGUUGUUAUUGUAGAAAAAACGCCGUUUAGUGCUGAGACUAUACAACAGGUCCUAUCAUCCGACACAACAUUGACAACGCAUCAUAUCAACGAUAUAUACGGAACAUAUUCUGGUUAUCCAAAACCAGAGCUAAAUGAUAUAAAAGCCACAAUAAUAUUUCCAGCAACAGAGAAGCAUAUUAUAAAGUACACAGACCAGCCAAUCCAUGCUAUUAAUGAGACUGGCGAUGAUUACAAGAUUGUUACUCUACCUUACCUUAAGAAGCAAGAUUUUCAUAUUCAGUGGGUGUAUAACAUACUGGAGAAGAAAGCCGAGACAGAACGGGUUCUCUUUGAAGACCCAGACCCGAAAAUUGGCUUUGUGCUUCUUCCUGACAUGAAGUGGGAUAAGAAGCACAUGGAGAACAUGUAUAUGCUUGCUAUCUGCCAUCGACGGGACGUUCUGUCACUCCGUGAUCUCACAGAGGAGCAUCUACCCAUGCUGAGGAAUAUCCUGUCAAAGGGCUUGAAUGCCAUCAAGGAGGCGUAUGGUGUUAAUGAAGAUCAGGUGAAGAUUUACCUUCACUACCAACCGUCGUAUUACCACCUGCACGUACACUUCACACACCUCAAGUUCAACGCACCUGGAUCAAGUGUCGGCAAAGCAUACCUGCUCACUGAUGUCAUUGACAAUAUUGUGCUGAUGUCGAAUUACUACCAGGGGAAGACACUGACAUUCGUCGCGACAGAGGCCGAUCCUUUGUAUCUGGAGUUUGUGAAAGCACGGAAGGCCACGAACCAUGACUAGAUGAAAGAGAGGCUGAUGGACUAAUGUGUUCUGACUCUGUAAAGUUUAAUGCGGCAAGAAGUCGACAAAACACUAAUUUACAGCGUGUAUUUGUGACACAUUCUAAUCAUUUCAACAGGGACAUGACGCUAAUUUACAGCCUGUACUAUGACACAUUCUAUUCGUUUCAACUGGAGAGGGUAUUCAUAUUCUUUUUCUGAAACCAGUAUUCAUCAUGCAAGCAUACGUUAUUUAAAAAUAUGAAUGCCAUUGUAUACACGCUAUAAGGUCUUGUCUGUACGUAGCUUGAUACAUGUUUGUAAAUGAACCGUUUAUUCUCAA